AACUACACUCAGUUCAGAUCAGAGGAAGUUCUUUCUUUAGACACGACCAGCCCUUCCUGUCUGAAGAAAGAGCUGUAACUAUAUAAUGAAGAGAAAGACUGACAGAAACAGAAAAUGGCUGAUCAGUGUGAUCUGUGUCUGCUGGGACUGAUCAUUCUCUCUUCACUUCUCACAGGUACCAGUGGAGUGAAUGAGACUCAUGUGUUCAUCAGUUCUGGUGAAAAUGUCCGUCUGCCCUGUAAUAAUGCUCUUUCUGACUGCAAAUCAACACACUGGAUCUACAGUAACAGAUCCACACAUUCAACAGUUGAACUGAUUAAAGGAGGAAUAAAGAAUAAAGUCACAGAGAGACAUGAGAGACUGAGUCUGGGGUCUGACUGCUCUCUGAACAUCAAGAACAUCACAGAAGAAGAUUCUGGAUUAUACACCUGCCAACAAUGGACAGGUCCGAAAGGACAACAACAACAAGGAACUGAUGCACGUGUUUAUCUGGAUGUUCUUCAUGUUUCAGUGUCUCCAUCAUCAUCAUCAUCAUCCUCACAGACUGAGAUCAGUCCAGGUCGCUUUGUGACUCUCUCCUGUCAGUUGUAUUCAUAUGAUGAAUUCUCCUGUGAUUAUUGGGUCCGUUAUGAGGGACUUCAGCUGUUGUGGGUGAAUCAGGCUGGUGUUGAUCUGAAGACAGACUCCAGAUAUCAGAUAUCAUCAGAUCACUGUAUCAUCACUCUGACUACAACACUCCUGAAUGAAGAUGACAACAGAGAGUGGAGAUGUCAGCUUACUCUCAGAAAUCAACUCCAGACCUCAGUCAGAUACACUGUCAAGUAUUCAGUUGUACCAUCAACUACAGCAUCAACACUGACUCCAACCUCUCUAGUGAUUGUGAUUGUUGUCGCUUCAUUCGCUGUUCUCCUUCCUGCUCUUAUUCUCUGGAUGAUUUGCAGAAAAAGAGACGAUAACAGAAGAGGAACUGAUGACUCUGAGGAGCUGAUAUAUGAUGAGACUUACACUGAGGUCACUUAUACUGAGGACUACAGUAAAAACAAGUGAGAAAGAACAAGGUUCGCUGUGAUGAUAAAGUGACUUAUGCUUCCAUCAGAGGAGCAAAAGCUGGAUCUCAGGAAAACUGCAGUGAACUUUAUGCCUCUGUGAACAAGAACCAUCACAAAUCAGUCAAAUAAUGACACAAAAACCACAUGAGCAGAAGAAUAUGAAUCUAAUAGAACUGAGUCCUAAUGGUGUCAUUCAGUGCCAUUAUAAAUACUUUCAAUGUCUUUUACAUGUUCACAAACAAACCCAAGUGAUGCUCUGA